AUGACUACCAGCGUCUACACUCCUAAUCAGUUCAUGAACCCCGGCCCAGCCCCUCGUCCCCCGACCGACCGCCCCCGCUUCAACCUUACCCCCUCAGCUAGCAGCUUGCCGGGUAGCAUGUCCGGAUUGAGCUUACAAUCACCAUCCUCAACCGGUUCCCAAACAUCCUUGCUAGUAAAUCGCUCAAUGACGGAGAAGGUCGGGGGUGGAGCAUAUUCAGUAGUCAAAGAUGGACACGCGAAGGUGAAGGAAGAAGGCCUUUUCAAGGGGCUGGUGUGGUCAGACAGAUACCUGGUGCUGCGAGAGUUCCAGCUGGACUUCUUCAAGAGCAACAACACGGCCAAAGUGUCGUAUUCGAUACAGUUAAGGGACAUCACAAGCAUCACCCGGUCCGAGGUCUAUUCGUAUUCGUUUGAGAUCACACGGACCAUGAGCUCUGGCUCGGGAGCAUCUCCACCACGUGAUGGCCCUACGAAAGUUCUCAUCUGCAAAGUCGACACGGACGACGAGGUGUACUCAUGGAUAGAUUCCAUCUACCAGCGAUGUCCGAGCAUGGGCGGUGUCAGCAAUCCGACAAACUUCACGCACAGAGUACACGUUGGCUUCGAUCCUACUACUGGCGCCUUCGUUGGACUGCCAUCGGAGUGGGAGAAGCUCCUUACAGCAUCAGCCAUCACCAAGGAUGAUUAUGCCAAGAACCCCAAGGCCGUGCUGGAAGUCCUCGAAUUCUACACCGAGAAGCUCGUGAAACGUGCCGAGGACCCUGCAGCUUACCCUAGCCUUACCCCAACUCCAUCAAUUGAGCCUGCUAUGAACAAGCAGCUUGGCUAUUCAAACAGCGGCCACUCAAUAGCGCCGCCUCGCCCCGCUCCUCCAAACGGAUUUAGACGCGAGGACAGUUACAAUACGCCGAGGUCGGGAACGUCGACACCGACGACGAGAACCGCAAGCGAGAGGAAUGUAGCGGACAGAUCCCAAGCGCAGGCGCAAGCCGAGGCUCAGGCGGAAGAGCGGUGGCGGAGGAAGGAGGAAGAACAACGCCAACAACGUGAGCGCGAGCAGCAGCAACGCGAGCAGGAACGGCGCGAGCGUGAAGAACAAGAUGCUUACAACGCAUCGUUACCGAAGACUCGCACGCCGCUGGCGAAGCAAGAGGUGGGAGGCGGGGGGUACUUUGACGAGCCGAAGGACGCCUCCGCGCGCUACAAUGCGGCGCGGCCCGCCCCUUCCGCACCCGGUGGCUUCAAGGAUCGCCAACAGUCGCCGGGAUCGCAGCGGCAGUUAAAUGCUCAGCGAGCUGCACCGUUGCCGCCAGCGGGUCAGAACGGUGCAAGCGCUGGAGCGAGGGCGCCUGCAACGAAGGCCCCGUCCGCUGUCCAGCGACAACCUUCUUCGAGUUCGACCCAACGCUAUGCGCCUGGCCAGGCUUCACAGUUGUCGACCCAAGCAUCUAACGGUGUGAAUGGUCAGACAUCCGUGCAAGCUCGACAGCCCGCUCCCACUCACGUGAAGCCGCUCAAUGUAGCAACCAAGCAGCCCACAGGAGCCCCGUCGGCAAAUGACGAGAGGAAGAAGGCGGAGCAGGCUCUUACGAAGAAAGAAGAGGCCCCUCGCAAGGAUGUUCGUAUGUCGAGCAUGUCGGAGAGUGAGGUUAUGGCUAGGCUACGAGAAGUAGUAUCGAAAGACAAGCCGCUCGACUCCUACAAUAAGCAGAAAAAAAUCGGCCAGGGUGCUUCCGGCUCCGUGUAUGUUGCCAGAGUACGGGAGAGUGCGCCAUCUCCGACCGCCAGGACGCUGUUGCGCGAGAACGGUCCGAGGGCGCAGGUGGCUAUCAAGCAGAUGGACCUACGGAACCAGCCCAGGAAGGAGCUCAUCGUGAACGAGAUCAUCGUCAUGAAAGACAGCAAGCACCCGAACAUUGUCAACUUCCUGGAUGCGUUCCUUCAAGAAGAGCAGUUCGAGUUGUGGGUGGUCAUGGAGUUCAUGGAGGGUGGUGCCCUGACGGAUGUCAUCGACAACAAUACUUCGAUAAGCGAAGACCAGAUUGCGACGAUCUGCCUCGAGACAUGCAAAGGCCUUGAGCACCUUCACUCGCAGAACAUCAUCCACCGCGACAUCAAGAGCGACAACGUCCUGCUCGACGGCCGCGGCAACGUCAAGAUCACCGACUUCGGUUUCUGCGCCAAGCUCACCGAGCAACGCAGCAAGCGCGCCACCAUGGUCGGCACGCCCUACUGGAUGGCGCCCGAAGUGGUCAAGCAGAAGGAAUACGGCUCCAAAGUCGACAUCUGGUCGCUAGGCAUCAUGGCCAUCGAGAUGAUCGAGUCGGAGCCGCCGUACCUGAACGAGGAGCCGCUCAAGGCGCUUUACCUGAUCGCCACGAACGGGACACCGCGCCUCAAGAAGCCAGAUAAACUCAGCAAGGACCUCAAGGCGUUCUUGAGCGUCUGUCUCUGUGUGGACGUAAAGAGCCGCGCCAGUGCGACAGAGCUGAUGGGUCAUGAGUUCUUGAAGGGGGGAUGUAGCUUGGCCAGCUUGGCGCAGCUGCUGGCGUUCAGGAAGAGCGGGGCGCACUGA